AUGGCAGACCACAACGGAUAUACACAUCGGCCCGAACCACGCUUCGACUGGUUCAUUCCCAUUGACGGCGAUGGCGACCGGGCCGGCACUCUGCGGGCGCAGCGUCCGCCGACCUUCGACUACCUCACCAGCGUGGCUAAAACCGCCGAAGACUGCGGGUUUUACUCCAUGCUGAUCCCAACGCGGUUCGCCAACGGGCUGUUCAGCGAGGACGCCCCGCUGGCCGAGACGUGGACGACGGCCACCGCGCUGGCGGCGGUAACGUCGCGCAUCCGGUUCCUGGUGGCGGUGCGACCGGGCUUCGUGGCGCUGGGCCUGUUCGCCCAGAUGGCCGCCGCGCUGCACCAGAUAUCCGGGGGACGGCUGGACAUUAACAUCGUGCCCGGCGGCAUCCAGAACGAUUUUGAGCGGGUGGGCGAGGUUAGCGACCACGCCACGCGGUACGAACGCGCCGAGGAGUUUAUCCAGGCGUGCCGCGCGUUGUGGCAGGACCCGCAACCGGUCAGUUACGCCGGCGAUUUCUACCGGCUGCAGGGGGCCUACUGCUCCCCGGCGCCGGGAGACGACGCGCCGCGAUUCUAUCUUGGGGGCGCAUCGCCGCGGGCCAUCGGCCUUUCGUCGCGACAGGCUGACGUUCACCUGGGCUGGAUUGAACCACUGGCCGACACGAAACAGCGGAUCGACGAUCUGCGGGAACAGUUUGAAGUCGCCAACCGUCCGUUGUCGCUGGGGUUACGCACGCACCUGGUGAUCCGCGACGACGAGGACGAAGCGUGGAGCGCGGCCCGCAGCCUCAUCGCCGACGCCGCUCCGGAGGUCAAGGCGCAGCGGCAAACGGCCAUCGUGGGGACGCCGAUGGUGGGGCAGCAGGCCCAGGCUCGCGAGGCCGAAGAUCACCGGCUGGCUCGGCACCUGUGGAACGGCCUUUCGGAGGUGAGGGUAAAUUGCGGCAGCGCCCUGGUGGGUACACCCGAUCAGGUGGCUGAUGAGCUGCUGGGUUACUGGCAUCUGGGAAUCGACGAAUUCAUCCUGAGCGGUUUUCCUCACGUGGAAGAGUGCCACCGAACCGCUGAACAACUGCUGCCCCGGUUGCGCGACCGCAUCGCCGCCGCCCGCAGCUGA